AUGCCUCCGAAGGCCUCAAGAGGUAGAGGAGCUACGCGCGCUCGUGGAGCUAGCAGAGGGGGAGCAACAGCAGCAGCGCGAUCCGCUGCCGGUACCAACGAUGCAACACCGCAAAGCACAGAUGCGACAGCUGCAAUUGAGGCACCAGCAGCAUCCGUGAUAACAAAGCAAGAAGAUGGCGAAGACACAAAGGUGCCGGUCAUCGGAGAGAACCUCUCUGGAGCCGUCGAACCGCAAGUCGUUUCUGCAGAUGCAUCGUACGCUAUACCAUCCACCGCAUCAUGCGGUGCAAUGCUAACGUGGAAACCCAGUGAUCUCCCUAAUCCUUCCAAUGACGUAGAAUCAUCUUCACGCCCCCCUGUCCAGAGAAUCGGAGGCUUACAGGGCUCGGUGCCGCCCUCGCGAUCUGCCUCACCGUCUGCACGAGGACGCGGAAGCGUAACUCGUGGCAAGCGGGGCAUGGUAAAGCCGACAUUUACAGGUCGACGGACAAAGGAAGAGCGAGAGGCUCUGGCGAAAGAAUUGAAGGAACGUGAAGAGUUGAGAAACGCUGAACGCAAUGCUGCGGAAGAGAAGAAGAGACGCGACCAGAAGUUCAGGGAUCGAAGGGAACAGAACAAGCAGCAGCGUGCAAGAGGUGGCUAUCAUGCUGCAGUGAGCGGCCCUUUCUCACUGGGUAGCUCAAAGGAAGACCGGAAGAACAAUUCCAACCGUGGGCCGUUGGGGUACGGAGGUGGAUCAGGCUCGCGAGCUGUACGUGUCAAAAAUGAAGGAGACGGCUAUGGAGGCUCGGGCUCGGGCUCUCGAUCAGGUGGAGGCGGAGGAGGUCCUUCUGUCAAGAGAGAGGACGGAGGCUACGUUUCCUCUGAUGAAGAAGACGGUGACGCAGAAUUUCCGCGAAGAGACAUUGAUCUCAUCGAAAUCUCAUCCGACGAGAACGAAGAUGAAGGCGCCGCCGCCCCAUCGAAACGUCUAACCCGCACAACACUACCUGUUCGCAUCGGCAGAAAGGAACACCAAGAACGUACAGUAGGCAUCAACACAGAUGCAAGUUCGGAAACUGCAGCAAAGAUACUCGAGAAAACCGAAUCAAAGGGCGAGUUAUCAACAGAGGCAGUGUCGGAGUCAGCUCCGCGGAAGGGAAAGGCGAAGGAAGUUGAAAUCACAGGCGAGCGAAAACCGUUCAGAGGUGUCUGGCAAGAUAUAGACGACUCUAAAGUUGCCGUCAAGACCGAGACAAUAAGCGAUGAUGAGGCUAUGGCAGAAUCCGAGCCAGCAGGUCUUUCUGAGCAGGCUCCCCGACCCACCGAGGAGUCAGUAACCGCAUCGCCAAAUGCGGAGCGCAGAUCCAAGAUACGGACGAAAAGCAUCGCAGAGCCGAUUCUACAAACCGAUGAAGAUCGCGCAGAAUGGGCACGCUUCCAGUCCAAUCUGCAAUCUGUCAGAGCAGAGCUUGGCCCAGAGGAGACACCGGCCGUGGAUGAGAAUGGCGAUACUGAAAUGGCAGAUGGAGCCGUCAAAGCAAAGAAGCCUACUGUACGAGACAAUAACGUCUACCUCUUCCAAGUUCCCCCUCUGAUGCCAGAACUGCUCCCCCCAUCCUUCAAACUUGAAUCAACCGACGAACCUUCCAGUACCGCAAUCGUCGCACCGCCCGCGCCGGCACCGGCACCGGCACCAGCAUCAGGCAAAUCCGGAACCAAGAUCGGAACCAAGAUCAAGCUCGAGGAGGGUAGUUUCUCAGACCCUUCUGCAAAGGCGCACGACGGCCCACGCUUCGCCAGUGGGUUGGUGGGCAAACUACGUGUCCGGGCAUCAGGUCAUACGACACUAGAUUGGGGCGGAACAAGUUACGAACUCACGCCUGGGAACAAGGCGUCGUUUCUGCAGGAGGUUGUGAGUAUCCAUGCUGUCUCCCCGGUAGAUAGGGUGGUUCCAGAGGAGGCGGGGGAUGCGAUCAGCAUGGGGAGGGUCAAGGGCAAGUUUGUCGUAGUGCCGGACUGGGAGAAUAUGCUUGGCUGA